GCGUUCUCUGGUGUCCUAGCAACCAGAAACUCAGAUAUGAGCUCUGACAAGGAGAGAGGCCAUUCCUUGCUGAUAUGAGUCACUUGCCACCCUGAGCCUCUUGGGACCUGUCUGUGUAGCAGUUCAAAUAACUGAAGGCCACCACUUGUCCCCAAGGACACCCAGAAGCCUUGCUACAUCAACCCAUCCCCUGACAGGAUGAGUUUUUCGGUUACGUUCUCGGAGUUGGCCAACAUAGCCAUACCACAGUGUGGGGUGGUGAACUUCAAGGCCCUUCAUCUCCUGAUCCAGGGCAUCCUGGACCACAUCCAAAUCGCUGGGCUCAAAAAAGUCCUUUCAGGAGAAGAGGAUUUCCUUCAGACCUCACAGGUGGUGCUCAUGCCCAGGGAGGGAGAAGCCCAGCCCAUCAUCAACCCCAUGAAGAGGCUCAGCAACGUCUUCGACCACUUGGUAGACCGCAUCAACAAGAUAGAGGGUCAAAUGUCUUCGAUGCAGAGCAUUCCCUCUACCACGCAGCUGCUGGAGGCCAGCCACGGGGCCAACCGGCCUGCUGAGGAAAUGUGGACUACGAUCAAGCUCCUCAAGAGGGUGGAGGGCAUCGAGGAAGCCAUAGCAAAGUUUAUGAGGACCCUGCAGGAUUUGCUCAAUGACCUCCAUGUACUCAAGUACACUGUUGAAACCCUCCAGAAGGAUGUGGACCUGAUGAAGUAUAUAUUUGAAAAGGUAAACCCAGAAAGAAUGGAGCUUGUCUGUGAAGACUUGAAAAUACAGAACCGGAAGUUGGGUGCCCUGCAGCGGGAAGUGGUUACCCUCCAAAACAAGGUUCAUGCUGUCCCCCAACCUGAAGACAUGGUGCUCUGGAGUAGCCUCCAUGAGGCCAUGUUCACUCCGGGAUCUAAGGAGGAACUGGAUCCGUCCAACAUGUGGCAGAGCAUGACGUCUUUUCCAGAGUCUACUGUGGAGCAGUUUGAGGAUGAAGGCCACACUCAUAUCUCACACCCCUCGCACAGUACCCUCAUGCCUUUGGAAGCCACAGGAGUCCUUGAGGAGGCCGCUGAGUUUAGUGGCCCCCAGGGGCUAGGGCAGGCUCAGGUCUCUAUGACUGAGUCUGUCCCUCGCCUUGCAUUUGCGCCUGGGCAUGUACCAGGGCCUAGUGGGAGGCCUGGUUUCAUCCCAGCCUCCUGGCCUAGACCUGGACUGGCUAUCCCGGGUGCAUGGCCCUUACCACCAAGAGGCUGGCCUAUGGCUUGGCCUAUUUGGGAUACGGGUAUUGUCCAGCCUAGCCUAGGUCCAUUUGGCCCUCCAGGCCAGAUGUACAGGGCCCCUUUCCCAGUCAUGGAAGCUAGACCACCAUGGCUUCAGCCGCAACACCAUGUUCCUCAAAUGGGAACCCAGCUCCCAAAUCUUGAAGAAAGAGAGGAAGAAUAUGAAUAUGAAUAUGAGUUUAUAGAAGAGAUCCCUAAGGAUGGGGCACCCCAGGAUGGGAUUCCUAAGGAAGAGGCUCCCCAGGAUGGGAUUCCCAAAAAAGAGGCUCCCCAGGGUGGGAUUCCACAAAAAGAGGCUCCCCAGGAUGGGAUUCCUAAGGAAGAGGCUCCCCAGGAUGGAGUUCCCAAGGAAGAGGCUCCCCAGGAUGGGAUUCCCAAGGAAAAGGCUCCCCAGGAUAGGAUUCCCAAGGAAAAGGCUCCCCAGGAUAGGAUUCCCAAGGAAAAGGCCCCCCAGGAUAGGAUUCCCAAGGAAAAGGCUCCCCAGGAUAGGAUUCCCAAGGAAAAGGCUCCCCAGGAUAGGAUUCCCAAGGAAAAGGCUCCCCAGGAUAGGAUUCCCAAGGAAAAGGCUCCCCAGGAUGGGGUUCCCAAGGAAGAGGCUCCCCAGGAUGGAGUUCCCAAGGAUAGGAUGCCCCACCACAGAGCCCCCAAGGAUGGAUCUCCCAAGCACAGAGCUCCCAAAGAUGGAUCCCCCCAAGACAGAUCCCCAAAAGAUGAGGGUUCCCAAGACAGCACUCCCAAGGACAUAGUCCACAAAGAUAGGGCACGGAAGGACAAGACCCAAGCAGCACACUCAAAGGGCUCUCACUUGUCCCUAAAGAAGCUGAGGUCUGCUGUUGCAAUAGCUGCAGCAACUGCUGCAGCUUAUGCAGCUGCAGCAAACACAGCAGCCCAGGCAGCCAAAGCUGCUGCCAAGGCAAUCAAAGAUGUUCCUUCAACCAAAAUGGCUUCUUUAGCCUCAAUCGUGGCGGCGGCUGGGCCUUUGGGGGCCUAUGCAGAUUCCCUGGGUGCAGGAGCUAGCCAUGGGGCCACCAAUGUCAUACCCUUCAGUGAUGAUGAGCUGGAAGACUUCCCUGAAGACCGGACACCAGUCACUCGCCCCGUCACACCCAAAUCAGCUCUGUCCCAGGCUAUGAUAACUGCCAUGCAGGCUGUGAGUCCUGAAGAGAAGAAGAAGGCUGUCCAGUACUCCAUGAGCCAUAUAGCCCAGAUGCCUGUCAGGCAUGAUUCCCUCAAAGAGGAGUUUUCUCAUUUGUCAACCAGCCUGCACCAGCGCUUAAAUUAUCUAGCUAACAUGGGAAGUGCUAGCAAGCUUGGUAAUGCAGUGAGUGUGCUAGAGGAAAAGAUUUGUAACCUCCAGAAGUCCAGGCUGCAGGAAGAAGAACUCGAGAGAGUUUGGGGCCACCAUAUAGAGACGAUGAAGAAUCACUACAUGGUGCUAGACAGGACAGUGGAAAAGCUCCAGAUUCGCAUGGAUGACGUCAAGACCCUCAAGGCUGAUAUACAAAGGCUGGAUCUGAUUAAAGCAGAUAAAACCACGAUGGAUCAGGAGCUGAGAGAAAAAGCUGACAGGGACGCCUUGGCAAGCAAGGCGAGCCGGACGGACCUGGAGGUGGUGGCCAUGGAGCUGAAUGAGAUGGCUCAGAGCAUGCUCCUGAAGGUCACAACCCACGAGAGCGAGUUGAAGAAGUCGCUGAAGCACCUCAGGAAGGAUCUGAACACCAAGCUAGUGCACAGUGAUCUGAAUAGCCUGAAGAAGGACAUAGAAGAGGUCUGGAAGAUAGUUCGAAAGCUUCUGAUAGAAGGCCUGCGAUUCGACCCCGACAGCGCUGCAGGCUUUAAGAAGAAACUGUUCGAGCGGGUGAAGUGCAUCUCCUGUGACCGGCCUGUAGAGAUGAUGACUGGCCCACAGCUGAUCACCAUCCGUAAUACCAAUGGGCUGUCACGAUUGAGGCCAGCCAGUGCCAACAGCUUCGAGUAUCUGCAGCGGCAGCUAAUGAGGGAGCAACAGCAUCGAGUGCAUUUCCAGAACUUUGGAGCCCAUGAGGAGGGUCUAGGCUCCCAGAAGGACUGGGGCGAUGGACCCCGAAAUGACACCACCUUCAAGCACAAGUCACAUGACCUGUCAACAAUCUACCCUUAUGGGGAUCCUGAGAUAAUGGACUAUGACACUGCCGAGGUGGACAUCCUGGGAGUGAAUGGGAUCCUGUACAAAGGCCGAAUGAACAACCAGUUUGGGACUCGGACUGGGGAGAAGGACCUGGCAGCUGUGAAGGUUUCGUGUCCCUCAGUUCAAAAUCCGAAUGAUCGAGUGCGCCCUGGAUCCUUACUUACUCCAGGCUGCCCCCCCUUGGGCCCCCGCACCAGCUUCAGCUCUGCCACAACAGCGGCUCGGCCGCCAUCCCUGCCACCAGUGCCGCAGCUACCACCACUGAUGCCACCCUCAAGGGAUCUGCAGGAGGCCCCUGGAUCCACCAGGCACACGAAAUCUCUGCGACUGGAGUCCCUAGCCAGCACACAGGUUGCGGAGGAGCACACCCACCCGUGAGACACAAGUCUGUGACCCAACUACCCUGGGGUCCCCUUCACUCUAAGGAAGAAACCUGGGGCCCUGGAUCAGACCCAGAAAAGGGUGCAGGGACCCUGGAUAUAGGGGGAAGGGUCUGCAUAUGGGGUCCAUGUUGACUCAGUGCUUAAUUAUGUAUCUAAAGUACAAACCACAAAAUCCUUGGCCAACAUUUGCAUGAAUAACACAGCUUUUGAGUGAA